AUGGCGACAACAGUGGACAAAAUCAAGGAGAUCGAGGCCGAGAUGGCUCGGACUCAGAAGAACAAAGCCACAUCUUUUCAUCUGGGCCAACUCAAGGCCAAGCUGGCCAAAUUAAAGAGGGAACUCUUGACACCUUCGUCGUCCGGUGGUGGCGGCGGCAGCGGGUUUGAUGUCGCCAGAACUGGCGUCGCGUCAGUCGGCUUUAUUGGUUUUCCUUCGGUGGGAAAGUCUACCCUGAUGAGCCGUUUGACGGGCCAACAUUCCGAAGCUGCUGCUUACGAAUUCACUACCCUCACCACCGUUCCAGGCCAAGUCCUGUACAAUGGUGCCGCUAUUCAGAUGCUCGACUUGCCCGGGAUCAUCCAAGGUGCAAAGGAUGGCAAGGGGCGCGGCCGUCAAGUCAUUGCCGUCGCCAAGACUUGCCAUCUAAUCUUCAUUGUUCUCGAUGUGAACAAACCCCUCACUGACAAGCGGGUCAUUGAGGCUGAGCUGGAGGGCUUCGGCAUCCGCAUCAACAAGGAGCCCCCCAACAUUGUCUUCAAGAAAAAAGACAAAGGGGGUUUGAACAUUACAAGCACGGUCCCUCUGACCCAUAUUGACCAUGACGAAAUCAAAGCGGUUAUGAACGAGUAUCGUAUUUCCUCAGCCGACAUUGCCAUCCGGUGCGACGCCACCAUUGACGAUUUGAUUGACGUCCUAGAAGCCAAGAGCAGGAGCUACAUCCCGGUCAUAUAUGCGCUCAACAAAAUUGAUUCGAUAACCAUCGAGGAAUUGGACUUGCUCUAUCGCAUCCCGAACGCCGUGCCUAUCAGCUCCGAGCACGGAUGGAACGUUGAUGAGCUUUUGGAACAGAUGUGGGAAAAGUUACAACUAAAACGUAUCUACACCAAACCAAAGGGAAAGCAGCCUGACUACACUGCCCCCGUCGUGUUGAGAAAAAAUGCGUCAACCGUCGAAGACUUUUGCAAUGCAAUUCACAAGACAAUUGUUGAGCAGUUCAAGCAUGCGAUUGUCUACGGGAGGUCGGUCAAGCAUCAGCCCCAACGGGUUGGUCUUGCACAUGAGUUGGCCGACGAAGAUAUCAGUGAGUCCAACAAGAUCCCUGCCAUAAUCCUUAUCCGCAUGAUGCUGACGCUGUUCACCCACCCAGUCACCAUCAUCAAAAAGUGA